AUGAAGUCCUUUUUCACCACCUUCUUCCUGGCCACUAUGGCUACAACAACCUUCGCUCACAUGGAGAUGUCGGACCCGCCGCCUCUCCGUAGCAAGUUCAACAAACUCGCCACCAGCCCCGACUACAGCAUGACCUCCCCCCUCGACGCCUCCGGCGCCGACUUCGCCUGCAAAGGCUUCCUCUCUGACCUCGGCACCGCCGCCGGCGGCUCCGUCGCUUCCUGGGCUGCUGGCUCCGAGCAAAAUUUUACCAUCGUCGGUGGCGCCUCGCACAACGGCGGAUCCUGCCAAGCCAGUCUCUCCUUCGACAGCGGCAAGACCUUCAAAGCCAUCCACUCCUACAUCGGCAACUGCCCGCUAGUCCCAAAAUACAUGUUCACCGUCCCAGCCGACGCAAAGGCGGGCCCAGCCGUCUUCGCUUGGACCUGGUUCAAUAAGGUCGGGAACCGCGAGAUGUAUAUGAACUGCGCCAGUGUCACCAUCACAGCCGGCUCGGGCACCCCAGCUGUCGCCUUCUCGGCGCGUCCCGAUAUGUUCGUUGCGAACACCGGCACCGGCUGCACGACCCUCGAGUCUUCUGAUCUCCUGUUCCCCAACCCAGGACCAGACGUCACCAACGACAGCGCCGGCACAGCCGCCCCGGUAGGAUCCUGCGCCAGCGGCUCUGGCAGCGGUAGUGGUAGCGGAAGCGGAAGCGGCAAAACAGCCCCCGUCUCCGUAACCCCCCCCGCUUCCGUCGUGGCCCCAACAGCCCCAACAGGCUUCACAACCUCCAUCAUCCCCUCCUCCACCAACACGGGACAAUCCGGAUCCACCAACCCCAAAACCCCCACCGGCCCACUCACACCCUCCACGAACGGCGAAUGUGGCGGACCCCAAACUUGCGCUGGCUCGGCAUUCGGCCAAUGCUGCUCCAAAUACGGGUACUGCGGCGUGACAGCCGGGCACUGCGGCGAGGGCUGCGAUCCCACCCUCGGCACGUGCGGUAGCGCUGGAGCUGCGGGGACAGGGCCUAAUGGGACGGCGCCCGUGGUGAGCUCGGGGGCGGCGAAUGCGACGGCGAAUAGUUUUUUAGCUGUUUCAAACGCCGCUGGGGCUGGUACUAAGCCGGAGGCGGGGGAGAUGGUGACGAAGACGGAGACGGGGGUGGUGUAUAGCACGGUUUAUGUGACGGAUAAGGCGGUAGCGACGGGGGCGCAGCAAGCCGCGGUCAAUGAUGUGGGGGGAAAUUCGACGUUUCAGACUGUUACGAGGGCUGAGACGGUGCCGAGGAGCGUUAUUACGGUUAUCCCUGUGGUGCCGGAGCCGGCGUCUCUACAUACCGGAUAGGAGGAGUCAGCGGAGUUAAAUAUACGGAAACAUAGGCGCAGAGGUUGUUAGUAUUCUGAUUCUUACAGUAUCUAUUUUUUGGUGGGAAGGGGGAAGGGGGAAGGGGGAAGGACGGUUUUGUUUGAUAGCUUCUUUUUUGGUUGGAGUUUUUUUGUAGAUUUUUUUUGGGGCAGUCAUUGCCUAGUUGGACAUACAGAUUGAUUAUAGUAUGAAUAUAUUUUGUCCUGAAUUCUCGAUUCUCAAAUUGCUUUGACUGCUGUGAUCUGUACUGUACGGUUUUGAGGAGGUAAAUGUGAGAAUC